AAAUUGUUAACAGCGCGAUUGUUUAGCUUGGGUCGCCCUGUAGUAAACAGUCGUCUAGCAUUUUCGUUAACAGACAGACAUACCUAGCUAACAUAAAUGGAGACAAAGUACCCUACCUUGAGGAGACCAAAGAGGAAACUCUGCUACUUUACAAACAAGGAAAGUUCAUCUAAACAAUGGACACCAACACUGGCAUUGGGAGACAUUGAUAAGAUUUUUGAUGACUUGGAUUCAUCCUCGCAAAGUAAUGAUGAUGACCUACUUCAGCCAUCUACUGGGACAAACCAGAGUGAGGAAGAGGCUCUGCCAGGCCCACAGGAAGGACCCCUAACGGAUAAACUUCCAAGAUGUCACACGGUUCCUGAAGAUGAUGUCCUGCAUCCUGCAACAAGGUCACCCAGUACUAAUCUAGGCAUUGAUUUGGACUCCCCGUUCAAAGCCCAUAGGCCAGUGAAGACAUCCAGCCCUAUUGAAGAGCGCUUGCUUGUGGAAGGUGUAGAAGAGCUGAACAAUGGAAAAGACAGAGUUGUGGCUCCGAUUCUCUUUGCCUGUGAAGAUGCAGGACAAGAAGAGGCAAACACAGAGCCUAUACUCACCCAGAAACCCCAAGACGAUGGGCAUGUUGCUGAAGCCAAAGAGAGACAUCCAGUAAAAGACAAAACACCCAAGAAAACUGAAACCGCUUAUUUGGAGGGCAAAAGAAAAGCACCAAGGCAAGAAAACACAGACCCACCCAUGUCAGCAGUGAGACAGGAGCCUGAAGUUGCAGCUCCUAAGGAAAAGUCAGAAAGUGUUGACAGGCAGCCAUCUGUGGAAGUGUCCAACCGUGUGGGAAAAGAUAUGACGACUUUUCUGCAGAAGCUUAGAGAAGCUGGGCAGCCCAAACCUGCAUCUUCCAGGAACUGUCUGUCACUGGUGAAAGUACCCACUCCUCCUGAGCCAGAGGAUGAUUUCCUGAUUCUGGAGGAUGAUACACCUCUAUGGAUUUCCAUCUCAAGUAAAACUGCCACCAGUAGGAGACAGAGACGGAGCAAAACUUCCAGCACCGACAAAGACAGCUCAACAGACAAGGGGGCGAAGGAUAGCCCACUAGAGGCUGCACAAGAACAGCAAGAAUCUGAACAGGCAGAUGGCACACUGGCAAGUCAGACCGUCAAUCAGAAAAUGAAGAAGAUCAAAGGGAAAGCAAAAAAGAAUGAGGUGACUGAGCCUGGAAAUAAUAUGGAUGAAUUGUGCAGUCCUGAGGACCCUCCUGCAGGUGAUUUAAUGGAACAAGAGAAACCAAACAAAAAGAAACAACGACUCAAAAAGGUGCCAUCUAAAGAAAGCGACAAGGCAGAGGAACAGCCUAAAGACACGGUUAGCAGGGAAACAGAUGAAGAAAAACCCUCUGUGAAAAUGGACAAGAAAGCUCAGAAAUCCUCUGACAGGAAGAGAUCAAAGUCUUCAAAAGAUGAGAAUGGAAAUGCCAAGACGAACAGGGUUAAGUCAUUAAAGAAGGCCGGAAAAGUGACGCAGGCGUCUGGUGCAGUAAAGGAGAUGCCGUAUGUUGAGGCUGCGAGGGGACAAAGUGAGGAGCAGGCAGGUGCUGAACACCUCAGUUCUCUUUCAGACAAAGAACUCAUGAAUUCGGAAGCACAAAUGAAUGCAAAAAAUCAACGAAACAGACUACCAGUUGUGUCUGAAGAGACUUCUUCUGAAGACAGUCAGAUUCUUGGGAAAAGGAGAAGGAAGCAGACUGGAGAGUGGUGGUUGAGCUGCACUCAGAGCACAGAGGAAACAAAGGUUACAGAGAGCCAGCCUUCAGUGAAGAAGUCCAAGCAGAGCAACAAAGUGGCCAGCGCAGCAGUGCCACCACCUGUAAAGUCCAAGAAGGGCAGAGUUUUAAAGAGAAGAAAUCAGACACAUCCUGCACCCUCAGCCAGCCAGGACACAAAUAAAGGCAAGAAAACCAAAUGGCACAAAAACAGAAAUAAAAGAGGAGAUGCACCAGACAAGAAAGCAUCAGAACAAGUAUUUGAUGUGCUUGAGGAGGGGCAGACUGAAGAGCAGCAGCAGGAGGACCAGGACCUGGAUUCUGUACAGUCAAGCCCUUUAGACCUUACACACAGAGACCACAGCCAUAACUCUGGGGAUCUGGUAUUUCAAAGAGUAUACCAUCAUGUACCUAAUGAUAAAAUGUCCAUCACUCCGGCGCCGGACUCUCCCAGAGGAUCUCGGGAGCAGCUCAGGGCAGCAGUACAGGAGAAACGGAGGAGGAAACCUCCCAGUGACUGGUGGAUGGUUGAUGGCAUGUCUAUGGAUGUGGACAGCAUCUCCUCACAGCCUCAGAAGCAAGAGCCCAAACCUCGCAAGGAAAGAAAAAAGCGAUCUAAGCAGAAUAUUUCUCCCUCAUCAAAACCACUAGGGGGAGCUCCUGUGCCUCCUCCGUUGUCAGCUCCAAGGACUGUCAAACGCUCUCUGGCCACAUUUAAAGACAUUUUCACUUCAGCCACAGAGACCCCGACUGUGAUCAGCAGCAGAGAAGCCGGUCAGAAUAACAGCCGUAAAGUCACAGCACGUCCUGCUGUAGACAUCACUGUUACUGACCCAACAACACUCUGCAAGGCUGAUGUUCUCAGUACAGAUGCUGGUGAAUCCUACAGCCCUCCCAACCAUGAGGCCCCACAGGACCACGACUGUCAGUCAGAUGACAUGUCAAGAGCACUCAGAAGUGGACCAUCCUCCAUGAUUGAGCUGCAACAGAACGAGGGGAGUGAAGACUUGAAUCUGCCAUCAUCCACAGUCCACGCUGUUCUGUCUGCAUCAGAUCUGUGUGCUCCUCCUCUCAAACCACUGAUCUUACAUCCGAAGGAUAAGGCCAACCUCACAGAGUGGUUUAGGAGUCUCUGGUCUACCACUGUCGACAACGGCCCUGAGAUCGCUCCAGACCAAUUUGAUUGGUACUUCCAUCAAGGCAGAGCUCUCGGCUUCCAGGUGGACCUGAACUGUGGCUCCAUCUGUAAUGGAAAAAUCCUGCUGGGCUCCUACAUGAAGAAGCCUCUGUGGGUGGAUCACAGCGCCACAACAGUUUUUAAUUUACUAACAAGCUCUGUGAGUGUGACCAUCAACGGCCGUGUGUCCCGCUACCAUCCAGGACAAUCCUAUAUGGUGCCAUGUGGCCAUGCUUACAGCAUCCAGAACAUCACAGCACAGCCUGCAGUUCUGUACUUCACCAGAAUAUUUGCAGAAAGUUCAGACUAAAGUCACCUUGAAUGGCGGCUGAAGAAGCAGCCACAAGUUCUGAAAAACACGACCAAACGCCCAAAUGUUUAAAAAAAGACUUGGAUAUGUGAAAUUAUUUCUGUUUUUAAACCGACUUUAAAUGUAGCUGAUUUGAGUUUUGAUUGAGCUUAUUUCACCAUUAGCUACAUGUGCUUGUAAUGUUAAAAUUCUCACAGACAGUGCUUUGUAAAUAAAGUUUUGUGUUUUUUGUACUUGGCCGUUUCCUAUGAUGACAACUUGUGUGUUGAUUUAAAAACAAAUUGCCAACACAUUUUAUUGCUAAUUAAUCUGGAACAAACUCCAUUAAAGAGUUUAUUUGUAAA